UGGCUUUCCUUGGCCGCAACUUCCUUCAUUCCUUCUAUUUCCUUCCUUGCUUUGGUUUUCUGGAUCGAGACGGUGUCUGUUGCUUCCUUUCCAUAUAGAAGUUAGAAAACCUGGAUCUUUGAUUCGCGUGAGAGCCUCCUGCUUGAAAACCCCGAAUGUGAUGUGAUUCCUGGGGAUCCAUUUAAAGAGUUUUGGGCAUCCAAUCGGGCUGUUUUGAAUUCUUGUUCUUUCUUUUACUGAUCUUGUCAGAAAAUCAUCUUCUUAUUGAAGCCCGCGCUAGAAGCUCGUAAGGGGAAUUCGUUGCCCUAAUACAUUGAUUGUUCCAAUUUAGUUAAUCCAUUUAUUUUGUCGAUAUUUUUCUCUGACUUUUGGGUCUUGUGUUAUAUCAUUUAUUGAUUAUUGAUUCAUCUCUACUUUAUCGCAAGACAUACUAUUCCCAUCGCUAAACUCCUGUAGAUUAUUUGAUCCCUUGGUUUCUCACAUUUGAAACUUUUCGUUUGUGAGGCCAGCAUUAUUUCCACCUCUUAUUUCGCUAAGGAAAUGGAUGUGAGCAAUGAGGCUAGUGUUGACCCCUUUUCAAUUGGGCCAUCGAGCAUUAUUGGUCGAACAAUUGCUUUCAAAGUUCUUUUCUACAAGUCCCUGUCACAUUUGAGACAUCAAAUAUUCAGUGUAUUGUUCAAUAUCAUAAAUAGGUUUAGGGGAUUUUUGGCACCCAUUAUAACAUGGUUGCAUCCAAGAAAUCCACAGGGGAUAUUAUUAAUGGUAACAAUGAUUGCUUUUGUCUUGAGACGAUAUACAAAUGUGAAGUCAACGGCUGAAAUGACAUAUCGGCGGAAAUUUUGGAGAAAUAUGAUGAGAACUGCAUUGACCUACGAGGAGUGGGCUCAUGCAGCUAAGAUGCUUGAUAAAGAGACUCCAAAGAUGAAUGAAUCGGAAUUUUACGACGUAGAGUUAGUGAGGAGUAAGCUGCAAGAGCUCCGCCACCGUCGGCAUGAGGGAUCUCUUAGAGACAUAAUGUUUUGUAUGCGUGCUGAUCUUGUGAGAAAUCUAGGUAAUAUGUGUAACCCUGAGCUUCACAAAGAUAGGCUUCAGGUGCCCAAAUUAAUCAAGGAGUAUAUUGAUGAGGUAUCGACUCAGCUAAGAAUGGUCUGCGACUCUGAUUCAGAGGAGCUCUCAUUGGAAGAAAAGCUCGCUUUCAUGCAUGAAACUAGACACGCAUUUGGGAGGACUGCUGUGCUGUUGAGUGGAGGAGCCUCUCUUGGAGCUUUUCAUAUUGGUGUGGUUAAAACACUGGUAGAGCAUAAACUCUUGCCUAGGAUAAUUGCUGGUUCUAGUGUAGGCUCCAUUAUGUGUUCCAUUGUCGCUACUCGGUCUUGGCCUGAACUUCAAAGCUUUUUUGAGCAUUCUUGGCACUCAUUACAGUUUUUUGAUCAAAUGGGUGGGAUUUUUACAGUUGUGAAGAGGAUCAUGACACGAGGCGCUGUUCAUGAGAUCAGACAACUGCAAAUGAUGUUAAGGCACCUGACAAGCAACCUUACAUUUCAAGAAGCUUAUGACAUGACAGGUCGAAUUCUUGGGAUAACAGUUUGCUCCCCAAGAAGACACGAACCACCUAGAUGUCUUAACUACUUGACUUCACCCAAUGUUGUUAUAUGGAGUGCGGUCACUGCUUCUUGUGCUUUUCCUGGCCUUUUUGAGGCUCAAGAACUAAUGGCUAAGGAUAGAAGUGGAGAGAUCAUUCCUUACCAUCCUCCAUUUAACUUGGGCCCUGAGGAAGGAUCCACACCCAUACGCCGCUGGAGGGAUGGGAGCCUGGAGAUUGAUCUACCUAUGAUGCAGCUAAAAGAGCUGUUUAAUGUUAACCAUUUUAUUGUCAGUCAAGCCAAUCCCCAUAUUUCACCAUUGUUAAGAUUGAAAGAUUUUGUGAGAGCUUACGGAGGCAAUUUUGCUGCCAAGCUAGCUCAUCUCGCUGAGAUGGAGGUGAAACAUAGAUGUAAUCAGGUACUUGAACUUGGCUUUCCAUUAGGCGGACUUGCGAAGCUAUUCGCUCAAGACUGGGAGGGUGAUGUAACUGUUGUUAUGCCCGCAACUAUUGCUCAGUACUCAAAAAUUAUACAAAACCCUUCUUAUACGGAGCUUCAAAAGGCAGCCAACCAAGGGAGAAGGUGCACCUGGGAGAAGCUUUCGGCCAUAAAAGCAAAUUGUGGCAUUGAGCUUGCUUUUGAUGAAUGUGUUGCUAUUCUCAAUCAUAUGAGAAGACUCCAGAGAAGUUCUGAAAGAGCAGCUGCUUCUUCUACUGGUCUGGCCAGUUCUGUCAAAUUCAAUGCUUCCAGAAGAAUCCCCUCAUGGAAUUGCAUUGCACGAGAGAAUUCAGCAAGUUCCUUUGAGGAUGACCUAACUGAUGUUGGUCCCUCUUUGAAUCAAGGCGCUGCAGGUAAAAAUUGGAAAACCCACCAUCCCAUACAUGAUGGAAGUGUUAGUGAAUCUGAGAGUGUCAAUUUGAAUUCUUGGACACGAUCUGGUGGCCCCUUGAUGAGAACCACUUCAGCAAAUAUGUUCAUUGACUUUGUCCGGAACUUAGAUGUCAACGCUGACAUAAAGAAAGCCAUGUUACUUUAUCCGAACUCUCAAGCUUUUCAUCAUAAUCACAGUCCAAGGGUGAGCGCUCCCGAUAGGAACGCUGAGGGCAUCGAAAUUGAUCGGGAAAUUGACCAUAGGUUAGUCAUGAAUGGAUCUAGCAUAAUGGUAACCGAAGGUGAUCUUUUGCAGCCAGAAAGAAUCCAAAAUGGGAUUGUGUUUAAUGUUGUCAAGAAAGAAGACUUGACAACUUUGAAUAGGAACCAUGAUUUUGAAAAUUACAACAACAAUGAAGUUGCUGAAUGUUUACAAAUUGACUGUCCAGGAAAUGAGACGGAAGCUGCUAGCGCAACUUCUGAUUGCGGAGAUGAUGAUUCCACUGCUACGAAGUCCCCGAGGGAAACCCCCGAAUUUAAUUACAGGGACCAUUCUAAUGCUGAUGUUGGUAAGGAUCAGAUGAUUGCUGACAAUUGAUUUUGGCGGUCAUAUUUUUUUCCAGUGACUUUUAUUUUUUGUCCCUAUAUUGCUUUCCAGAUUGUAAAUAACACGGAUGGUAUUCCUGCCGAGGGAUCUCUAUUUUUCCUUUCCUUCGGAAGGUAGCCCAUCAUUUGGAAUACUCAGGAAUGUACAGAAUUACGAGGUUGCUGUACAUAUAAUUUCAACGCAUGACAGCGGUGAAAUUUGUGACUGCCACCUUUGUUAUGGAGUCAUUCGUCCAGUUUCUGGCUCUAGCCUCUACAUAUUGUGGUAUUCUCAACAAUUCAUGUUACUCGUCCAAAUCAUGAGGGGUUGCUGCCAAGUGCCAGGUGGCAACAGUUUAUGUUGAAGGAAAAAGCUUGUCGAACAUAAGCUCUUCUUGUUUCAUGGAUAUGUUAGUCGUGCCGGGGGGGAAGAGGGAUUAGGACUUACGAGGGUAGCACCCACCUUGGCAGAGAGCGACAAAGUAAGUAGAAGAUGAUGCUAAAGGGCUUGUCAUGAGCAUGCGAAAAUCAUGGAUGUGGAGGCCCAGAAAACAGGGAAAGCUUCCCUAGUGGAGGCGUAGGAUGCGCGUGGUAAGAGCGUGGCAUGUUUUAUUCAAUGCCCUGUUUUUCUCUGUCCCACAUUUUUUCCCCGUGUGCUCCUUUUGCUGUGCCCGCACUCCAUCCUUAUCCUUCAUCUCUAUCCCCACAGACCAACUGCACUAAACAUGUCGCUUGAAUGGUCCGGCUUCUUCCUCCUCUUCUUCUGAUUAUUGAUAUUAAAAUAUGCUAAAAAUGUAAUCGAAAAUAGUUUAUGCACUUUCUUAUUCAU